UUCAAAGUUGUUUGGUUGUUUAGGUUAGGCCUCUCUCUCUCUCUUUCUCUCUCUCUCUGCCUAUCUCUCAGUCGCUCUCUCUCUCUCUCUCUCUCUCCCCACGGUUCCAUCACCAUUGGAGGAAUCUCAAUUUGAGGAUGGAGGAGACAAUGCUGGUGCCGCCAUGGCUGGAGAGGCUGCUGAACACCGCCUUUUUUACCGUCUGCAGGACGCACGGAGACGCUGCGAGGAGUGAGUGCAAUAUGUACUGCUUGGAUUGCAAUGGCGACGCCUUCUGCUUCUAUUGCCGCGCCUCGCAGCACAAGGAUCAUCAAGUGAUUCAGAUACGGCGAUCUUCGUAUCACGAUGUGGUGAGAGUAUCGGAGAUCCAGAAGGUUCUAGACAUCAGCGGCGUGCAGACGUACGUGAUAAACAGCGCAAGAGUGUUGUUCCUCAACGAAAGGCCUCAGCCAAAGGGAGGGAAAACUGCAUCUCGUGCCUGCGAGAUUUGUGGCAGAAGCCUCUUGGAUUCAUUUCGUUUCUGCUCAUUGGGAUGCAAGCUUGUAGGAGUCAAGAGGAAUGGAGAUGCAAAUUCCUCCAUGGAUGAAGGAAUUUCGAGGAGAGAGGAAGAGAUUCUUGAAGGUAUAAUACAGCAAGACAUUAGCCCAUCAACACCACCCCCACCACCCAGUGCAAGAAGAAGAAAGGGUAUUCCUCAAAGGGCACCUUUCAGGUCUUGAUUUUCAUUACCCCACCUCAAUUUAUCUAAUUUUAGCCUUUUCUUAUCAUGAUUUAAAUUUUGGGGUAAUUGCUCCCAUAUAAAAAAAAAAAAAAAAAAAGAAAGAAA